AUAAGUUUAACUAACCAUUUUAUCCUGCGGAGUUUUGAGUUAAUGAACAAAUUUCGCUGAGCAACGAUGACUGCAAGCUUUUCGUCGUAGAGGGCUCAAUAUCUUAUUUUUAGUGGAGGAGUUGACUGGGGGUUGGGACGAAAAUAUAAUUGCUAAAAAAUACGAAUAAUGAUACUUAAUCGUAUACCAGGAACGAGAGAUGAAGAAGAAACCCCUAAAUAUCAAGAAGAUUCAGUUACUUCGGCUCAAGAUCAGAUAAUGGCAGCUGUAAGAAUGGCUGCACCUAACCAGCAGCAAAACGAGAAUAUGCAGAGAUUCGCUGGAUUUGGCAUUGGUCUUGCAAGUCUUCUCACUGAAAAUGUCCUUUCUCAUCCUUUCAUAAUGUUCAGGAGACAGUGCCAGGUGAACCAUCAUGCCUACCGCUACCACAUUCAUCCCUUCUCAGUUCUACCUGUGAUCGUUACACUACAGAGACAACAUGGUUUCUUUACAUUGUGGAAGGGUAUUGGCAGUGCAUUCAUGGUUCAGGGCAUCAAUCUAGGCAGUGAAUCACUCAUUAGUGAGUUUACACCGUUUCCAAGGGAGAUACAUACAUACAGCACACCGAGGCAGGUCGUAGGUCACAUCGCACUCAAGACCAUCAGUAUGGCUAUCACUACACCGUUCCUCUCGGCGAGUCUAGUGGAGUCAGUUCAGAGCGAUAUAGCAAGUGACAGACCUGGUGUGUUAGACUGCAUCAAGGAAGGGUUCCUUCGUCUGACGGGAUGGGGUACAUCUUCCACCCGUCUCCUCCCCAUCUACACCCUCCUCCUACCCACCGUUUUCCACGGUGUCGCCAAGUACAUCAUCACCUCCACCGUGCAAUACAUCGUCCUCGCCAUCCACAAGCAGAAACUCCGGGAAGCCGGCCGCGACCGUCUCGACGCCCCCGCGACCCCAGGCACCAUGAAGGAAGCCUACUUUCCAGAGUUGGUAGCAACGUUUGCCGGGAACCUGACCGCGGAUGUUCUCCUGUACCCCCUCGCCACCCUCAUGAUGAAAUUACACGUGCAAGGCACAAGGACAAUUAUCGAUAACACAGACUUUGGAAAGGGCGUCGUACCCAUCAGCACGAGAUUUGACGGACUCUCCGACUGUCUCGCGCAUAUAUUGGAAGAGGAAGGGGUUGAAGGCCUUUUCAAAGGCUUCGGUGCUGUUGUCCUGCAGUACGUCAUGUAUGCGGCAAUUUUGAAAUUGACGCACUUUGUUUAUCAGACACUGAUGGAGGACUUUGUGCCGCCGCGAGAUAACAGGUCGUGAUGACCGGUCAUGUCUUGCCAUGGUGAUUUGAAGAUUUCGUCAUCGGUGCUUUCAUAAUCAUAGACUGAGAAAAUCACUUUAUAUCAGAUAUUGAUCACAACAUUGAAUACAUAUCAUGAUAACAUCAUCGCAUCAGAUAAGUCUGAGGUAUUUUGUACCAUUUGUUACCAAAACAAACGUUUGGUAUAUGUGGUAAUUGUACUUGUUGAUAUAAAUUGAAAUCCCUACUAUUGCAUGGAUCAAACCAAAUAUCAAUGGAAAUGAUGCAUUCACCCUUAAUUAUUGUUGCAUUUUCUUCAUACUUGGCAACAUAUGAAAUAUAAAAUGACCUUAUCUCUUGGACUUGCCCAUAUGUAUACGGUAACUGAAUAUCAAUUGGUCAUAGAAAAUUGUAAAAAUGAUGUCUUGUGUGUCAUGAAAAUAUAUUGAUCAUGUUAAUGCCCAUUAGUGGAACCUUGUGCAAGGGACAUAGACCCACUGAAAAUAAAUAGUAAUUUAUUUUAUGUUUCAAAAACAGCUCUGUAACUUCUAAAAAUUAUGAUGGUAGGAAAAAUUAGAUAUAUUGCUGGUUCCCAAAGGUAUAUCAGAGUUAUUUGAAAGAUUAUUUAUCCAUAAAUGAUAUUAUUUAACAAACCCUUCAUCAAUAAAGCAUGUACAUUUGUGAUUGUAUUAGAUAUCACAAAUCCUAUGUUUUGAAAGCAGAUAAGUUCUAUCAGAUUGAAAGUCACCAUGCCAAUUUUGUUAUACCUAUUACGCAUUUUCUAAAAAGUUGUCACAGAUAUAUGUAUUUUCUUUUGCUUGCUGGCUUUGUUUUGCUUAUACAAUACAUCAUUUUGGUUUACAGAUCAAAUCUGUUCAUGUCGAUUUGUUGCAAUGCGUGCGAUAAAUACUAAAAUUCAGAAUCCUGUAGAUCAACAUUUGAAUAUGUAGAUAAUGUAAUCCUAUAACUAUAAGUGAAAAAGAAUAAAAGGUGAUAAUAUCAUGCAACCUAUGAUGGCUGAAAGGCUUGCUUUGGCCCUUUGAAAGACUUUGUAUGGUAAAUUAAAAUUGUAAUUCUAAAUUGUGUUAAGAUGAGAUCAUGAGAAAACAGUAUAAGAAAUUGAAGCAAUUACCCAAUUGACUGUCAUCCCCUUUGAUAUCUGCACUAAUAUACAGUUUAUUUUGCCAUUUUUGAUUAUCGUUACUGAAAAGUUGAAGUAUACCGUCAUACAGUUAAUUUACUCUUCCUGAAAUACACCACAUCCUUAUGGCCAUUCUGUAUGUUGGUAUCCAAUUUGUCAUUAUCUUCUGUGUUCAUGUAUAUGAUUACAUGUUAUAGAAAAGAAACAAAUUAUGAAAGAGGAAGAUAUUUAUGGUUGCGAUAAGGAGUUCCCUUACAUGUCUGUAAUUGCAUGCUCUGUGGGUUGUACUCUGUUAUAAAGAAUGGAUUUUAUUUACUGCUAUGCUGUUAAGGUCCACAUGAGGUAAUUUUUAUGCCUCCGCCCACUAAAAGUGGUGCCAGCCAGAAGCUUUCAGUUUUUAAUGCUACGCAAUCACGCAUCCCAAAAUAAAUGCUUGCCUAUUGAGAUCUUUCAUCUCAUUUUGGAUGUUACAAAUUGUGUGCAUUGUCAUUUGAUGUCUACAUCAUCGUUUUGAGAUUUAAAAAAAAAAAAUGGAACAUUCAUGAUACAUGUAAUUUCCUGGCCGUUGGAGAAGUAUCUUUUUAUGCAGCUUUAUAGUAGUCAUUUAAGGAAUCAAACCCUUUUGAAUUGAUGCAAAAUUCAUAUCAUUGCGAAGGGGAAGCCUUACUGAUCAAAUAUAACAACAUCCCUCUUCAAAAUAUUUUUGGGGCCCGCAGUAAUAAACUCGAAAAUGUUAAUUUUGAGAUCCAGAUUUCUUGCUUUCAGCGGUCCUCCGUCGAGCGUUAAGAUUCGUGACAUCACAUGCGAAUUACAGCUAGCCACAAAGCAGGAUUUUACGCCUUUCCAUAAUAUCUACAUGAUUUUUCAGCAAAUUAUUCUUGUUUUUCAAGAGAAAAUGUUUCCAUCCAUAUAUAAUUUGUCCAUAAUUAUCAGUUGUGAAUUUCCUUCGGGUGACUACUUUAAGUAUGGUGUAAAAAUUUGUAAGACCCUUCUUCAUCAUACAUGAAGCCUUAUCAGAUCUCAGGGAAGGACAUUGUAACCUUCUUAUUUGUGCGAUUUCACCCUAUGCUAACAUCUGUAUUAAGUUUCUACAGUUUAAGACAUUUCAAAGUUAUGUGUAUGCUGCUGUCCAACAUUUUUUUGUGCAAAGAAAAUGUUUUAUACCGGAAUUCCACCAACAAUACCGACACCAGACCGACAAUAGACCAACCAAAAAACAUUUAUUACCCAUAUUGCAAAAAAUCAGUUGAUUUGGAGUCGGUGUGGAGUCACAGACAGCGGUGAGGUAUAAUGUGAGAGUAAAUUGCAUGUCCAGUGGUGUAACAUGAAGUAUUGUAGUCUAGUGGAUGGUGUACUUACACAGAGACAUUGGGUCAACAGGUCAGCUGUGACCAGGGUUUGCGUAAAUUUGUUAACCCUUGGUCCAAAUUGAGCAUACCUGGGAAAUGAUUGGUGUGGACAUAUCUAUUACUGUGUCAGUACCCUUGUUGAAGGAGAUUUCACCCUUGGGUGUUUUCUUUCUUAAAAAACCCCACGUUUGGUUCGAGUACUGUACGUGAUCCGAGAACCUGAAUCUUUAUUUGCCACUAAGAGAGAGAAGAUGUGGAGGGCUGCAGAAAUCGAAAAGACCAGUUCACAGCAAUUUUUCUCAAAAUAGUGGCCGCUUACCACCACUUUAUAGUUUCCUAAAGUAUUUGAUGCCAAGUCAGGUAGCCUCGGGCAAACUUGAGGUCAUCAUGAGUAACCAUUAUAAUAAAGGCAUGCAUGAAAUUUGAGAAUGUUUUGCAUAAAAUUUGAAGACAUUUGUAAGCUGUGUAAUAUUUUAUAUUACUAUCUAUGGAAACCAAAAUAUGGUGCCAAGAAAUGGAAAGAUGAGAAGAAAACAAAAUAAUGGUAUCUACUUAGAAAUCUAAUUUCUCAUGUCACUUUUUACCAUUUGGCCCAUGUGUAGCAAGAUUCUAUGGGAGAUACAACUUUAUACAUGAUGUAUGGAAUUACAUAUACAUGUAUAUGGAAAUAAAAAUUACUCAUUGGGGAAAUCCCAUCGAUGACAUGGGACUUGAUUUACAUGUCAUUAAAAUGAAGCAAUUUACUAU